AUGGAAGAAACACAAGCUCUGGGUCUGGAUAGCAUUACUCUACUAAAAGAUGAUAUCCCUGAAAACAGCUGUAACAUCAUUGGCUCUGUUUCAACCAACAACGACUGUGGUGAAUCCCACUUGGGUUUCUUUCCUAAAGUGGGGAUGACUUUUGAAACUGUGGAUGAACUACAGAAAUUUUAUAAACAACAUGCAAUCAGAAGUGGUUUCGGUGUCCGAAUCAAAACAUCAAAGAAAGACGAUCAUAAUGAGUUGUGCUACGUCAAACUAGUUUGUUCUCGAGAAGGAAACCAUGUGUCCAACAUCCCCCCGAAAAAAAAAACCAUCCCGACACAAAGAAAGGCUUGCCCUGCACGUGUUACUACUGUUAAAGAGGAAGGUGAAUGGUUGAUGAGAAGUGCGGUGGAGGAACAUAAUCACCAUUUAAGUCCACACAAAUCAAAGCUUGUGUGCGGUAAUAGGAAGAUAAAUAUGCAGGCAAAAAGAGUAAUCGAUAUCAAUGAUCAAGCGGAAGUGCGUUUGAACAAAAGUUUUCGGUCUUUGGUAUUUGAUGCUGGAGGUUAUGAAAACUUGGAUUUUAUGGAAAGGGAUGUCAGGAACUAUAUUGGUCAGCAGAGACGAGCGCUGGUUAAGGAUGGCGAUGGGCAAACAUUGUUUAAUCAUUUCUCGAGGAUGAAGGGAAUUAAAUAA